CGAGGCCAUUGUCUAGGCAUCUAGCUAGCUGCCUCUCUCCCUAUAUAUACAAGGCCAUGCCAAGGCUGGUAAAGGGCUAGAGAAGAAAGGGUUGGAAGGCUACGGAAGCUAACUGGAGAGAGAGGAGGAGGAGAGAGACCUUUGCCUUGCUCUAAGGAGAGCUAGCUUGUCUUCUGUGAAAGGAGAUCGAGAUGAUCAAGGGAGACCAGCGGCAGCUUGGAGGUCAUGAAGAGCGGCUGAAAGAUCAGAUGAGAGAUGAUCAUCGGGCCUCUGAUGGCAAUUUUUUCAAGUUCUUGCAAAACCAGUCAAGCACAAAAAAAGAGGCUCAAGAAGACAAGAUUGCGUCCACAAGGGCAGAAAUGGGCGAAGUCAGAAAAGAGAACGAGAGGCUGAAGAUUAUGCUAUCACGGAUGGUGGAGGACCAUCGCUCGCUUCAGAAGCAAUUCGACGUUCUCCACCAUCAAGGGCGAGGCAAGGACAUCGCCGUUGGCUCACCGGAGCAUACAUCAGCAGUCGACGGCCCCGGGUUCGUCUCUUUGCACCUUGGAACGAGCGCCGGCAUGAGCAGGCAGAACAUGGGAGAAGAGAUCAAGGGCAGCACUAAUAAUCCAGAUGACAAGGGCAUCUUUCUUGGACUUUCAUCAGCCUGCGGAGCUGUUGGUGCAAGAACUGAUGGAAGUGAGACGAAGGUGCGGCCAGAUGUGGUGACGUUGAGCCCCGGAGGCAGCUCCAAGGAGGAGGCCGCGGAGACGACAACGUCAGCCACAGCAAGCAAGAUGGCAAAGAACCCGAGAAGCACCGGCAGCGGCGCGGUGACAGAGGAGGUGGCCCAGCAGCCACUGGCCAAGAAGGCCAGGGUGUCGGUGAGGGCAAGGUGUGACACACCAACGAUGAACGAUGGGUGCCAGUGGAGGAAGUACGGGCAGAAGAUAUCCAAGGGGAACCCAUGUCCACGCGCCUACUACCGCUGCACCGUCGAAACAGGGUGCCCCGUCAGAAAACAGGUGCAAAGAUGCGCGGAGGACAUGUCGAUCCUGAUCAGCACCUACGAGGGCGCGCACAACCACCCGUUGUCCGCCUCCGCCACCGCCAUGGCAUCCACCACCUCAGCCGCGGCAUCCAUGCUCGUGUCGGGCUCUUCCACCUCGCUCGGCUUCCCCUCUGCCGCCUCCAGCCUCCACGGCCUUAGGUUCGGCAUCCCGGGGGUGGCCAGUAGCACCUCCACUAACGAGCUGGGCGGCCGACCGUUCUUCCUCCCGGCCGCCGCCGGCGCGUCCAUCAGCGCCACCCCGUCGUACCCCACCAUCACCCUCGACCUCACCUCGCAGGCUGCCUCACAACAGGCCUUCUCCCUCAGCAACACCAACAGGUUCUCCUCCAGCUCCACCGGCUCUUACGGCCACAAUACCAGCGCUGGUAGGUACCCUUCCACGAGCUUCUCCUUCUCCGGCUCCGGCGCGAGCAGCCUACCUGGCGCCACCCCCUGGCCGGCCGGUGUUGGAUCGUACCUGAGCUACGGAUCCUCGCCCAGCGCACCCUACAACGGCGCCGGCAAGAGCUCAUUCGAGGCCGCGCUCAGCGGCAUCAAUGGAAGGCAACAAGGAUCGGCGGCAUUCCUCUACCAGCCGGUGCAGCAGAGGGCGGCUCCCGUGAGCGGCGGCAGCACGGCGCCGACCGUGCUCACCGACACGAUCGCCAAGGCGAUCACGUCGGACCCGGGCUUCCACACAGCGCUCGCGGCCGCCAUCACGUCGUAUGUUGGCAAGCCGGCUGCAGGAGGCAGCAAGGGGCUCGAGUGGGGUGAGCACCUCGGGCUGGGGCCGUCCAGUGCGGCAGCCGCGGCGUGCUCGUCGGCAGUGCUGGCACGAUCGUCAUCAACGGGGGCCGCACAGAGCAGUUCCCCAAACGGCAGGAUGACAUCGCAGGCGCUGUCGGGCUCCACGAGUGCUACUGCUUCGACAUUGUGAAAACAUGGAGCACAUUAAUUAGUUGGCUGAAGGUUCUGAGUUCUGUUUGUGGAUUGAUUUGAACAUUUUGUGUAGAUAUAUACUGACUAUAGAUUCAUCAUUCACAGCCUAAACACACGCCAAGAGUUUUUGUCUGCGACAAGUUAUUUGCAUGUUGCCUGGAAAAAAAAUCUUUGC